UGCGUCCCGGUGCCCGUGCGCUCGCGGUCGCGGUCGCGCUCUUGUCGCAGCCCUGGGAUGUCGCGGCCCCGCGGCCCCCGCCCGGUCCGGCCGGCGCUCUCGCCGCCGCUGCUGCUGCUGCUGCUCGGGGCGGUGCAGGGGCACCCACGGGGCGCGCCGCGCGUGUCGGCCGCCUGGAGAGGCCGCACAGGGCAGGACCAGCUGGACUUCGGGGUGGCCGAGCCCCACACGGUGCUGUUCCACGAGCCGGGCAGCACGUCUGUGUGGGUGGGCGGCCGUGGGCGAGUUUACCACUUCAGCUUCCCCGAGGGCAGGAAUGCCUCCAUGCAAACGGUGGCCAUUGGAGCCUCUCGGGGAGCCUGUGCAGACAAGCGGGACUGCGAGAACCACAUCACCCUCCUGGAGCCCCGCGGGCAGGGCCUGCUGGCCUGUGGUACCAACGCGCGGCGCCCCAGCUGCUGGAGCCUGGAGAACGGCUCGGUGCAGGCCCUGGGCGAGCACAGAGGCUACGCGCCCUUCAGCCCCGAGGAGAACGCGCUGGUGCUGUUUGAUGGCGACGAGGUCUACUCCACCAUCCGCAAGCAGGAGUACAAUGGCAAAAUCCCGCGCUUCCGCCGCAUCCGGGGCGACGGCGAGCUGUACACCAGUGACACAGUGAUGCAGAACCCCCAGUUCAUCAGGGCCACCGUGGUGCACCGGGAACAGGCCUUCGAGGACAGGAUUUACUACUUCUUCCGAGAGGACAAUCCCGACAAGAGCCCCGAGGCCCCCCUCAAUGUGUCCCGCGUGGCGCAGCUGUGCAGGGGGGACCAGGGCGGGGAGAGCUCGCUGUCCGUGUCCAAGUGGAACACCUUCCUCAAGGCUCUGCUGGUCUGCAGUGACGCCACCUCCAAGAAGAACUUCAACCGCCUGCAGGACGUUUUCCUGCUGCCCGCGCCCAGUGGCCACUGGUCAGACACGCGUGUCUACGGGGUCUUCUCCAACCCCUGGAACUACUCUGCGGUCUGCGUGUACUCACUUGGGGACAUCGACAGGGUCUUCCGCACGUCCUCACUCAGGGGCUACAGCUCGGGACUGCCCACCCCACGGCCUGGCCAGUGCCUCCCCAACCGGCAGCCGAUCCCCACGGAGACCUUCCAGGUGGCCGACAGCCACCCUGAGGUGGCGCAGAGGGUUGAGCCCGUGGGGCCACUGAAGGUGCCGCUGCUCCACUCCAAGUACCACUACCAGAAGGUGGCCGUGCACCGCACGCAGGCCAGCUACGGCCACACCUUCCACGUGCUGUACCUGAGCACAGACAGAGGCACCGUGCACAAGGUGGUGGAGGCCGUGGGCCACAACCACAGCUCCAUCUUCAAUGUGGCCGAGAUCCAGCCCUUCCGCCGGCCGGCCCCCAUCCAGACCAUGAACCUGGAUGCCAAGCGGCGGAAGCUGUACCUGAGCUCCCAGUGGGAGGUGAGCCAGCUGCCCCUGGACCUGUGUGAGGCCUAUGGGGGCGGCUGCCACGGCUGCCUCAUGGCCCGGGACCCCUACUGCGGCUGGGCGCAGGGCCGCUGCACCUCCAUCCACAGAGCCCCCAGCCCUGAGGCCGUGCUGCAGUCCAUGGACCCCGAGGAGCCCCACCAAGACUGCCCCAACCCCAAGCCAGAGAAGGCACCCCUGCAGAAGGUGUCCCUGGCACAGAGCUCACGCUAUUACCUGAGCUGCCCCAUGGACUCACGCCACGCCACCUACUCCUGGCGCCACGGGGACAACGUGGAGCAGAGCUGCGGGCCCGACCACCCCAGUGCCAGCUGCGUGCUGUUCAUCGAGAACCUCACGGCGCGGCAGUAUGGCCACUACCGCUGCGAGGCCCGCGAGGGAGUCCACCUGCGGGAGGCCCAGCACUGGGAGCUGCUGCCGGAGGGGGGCUCGGCCCAGCACCUGCGGGGGGCCUGCGGGGGGCGGCCCUGCCCUGCCUGGCUGCCCACCCUGCUGCUGCUGCUGCUGCUCAACUAGCCCCGCACCGGCCCCGGCCCUCGGCCCCCUGGGCCUCCCGCCGCAGGACUUGCUAGCUGAGCUGGGGCCUGAGGCUCCAGAUACCCCCAUUAAGGUGCAGGCUCCCCACCCUGAGCCAAGCUGGAUGCCGGGCUGGGGGCUGAGACCCGCUGCCUGAGUCCCCACCUUCCUGCUCUUGGGGGGCUGAGACCCCACUGUCUUGAGCCCCGCUGCCUCUUUUUGGGGGGCUGGGACCCAAAGGCCCUGACCCGACCUCCUCGUGGGGAGCCUGGGGCCAGCUGGUCUGAGCCCCCAGCCUCUCUGGGAGGGGGUCUAGGACCCACUGGCCCGAACCCUCUACCUGCCGCUGUUUGGGGCUGUGUGUGGUGCUGGGACCAGCUGCCUGAGACCCCGGCCUGCCUCCUCUUGAGGUGGGGGAGGCUGGACCCACUGCCUCCUCUUGGUGGGGUCUGGGACCAGCUGGUCUGAGCCCCUAGCCUGCCUCCCUUUGGGGGAGCUGGGACCCACUGCCUCCUCUUGGGGGGCCUAGAACCAGCUGCCUGAGCCACUGGCCUGCUUCCUCUUGGGGGGGGGCUGGGACUAGCCUGAGCCCCCACCUGCCUCCCCUUGGGGGCCUGCUGUCCUUGGGUUGCCCCAGCCAGCCCUGCGGCCAGUCUUGCAUGUGUAGAAGGAUGUUUGCUUUCCUCACAGGAAGCUCUAUUUUUAUGUAUGCUUAUUUCAUGUCUAGCUACUUCCGACAGCAUCUGUAUGAACAGACCAAAACCGCGUGCUGGGGGGUGGGGGGCGGGCGGGCAGGGGCUCCCGGGUGCCGGUGUGAGGAGGCUGGCAUGUACUGGCUCUGCCCGGGAGCCCGGAGAGGGGCAGUGGUCCAGCCCCGGGCGGGCUGGGGGCUGCGAGGGGCGCGGGCAAGAGGGAGAAACAGCCUAGGUCACCACGUUCGUUCACUUUGGAGGAGCGGGUCCACGGGGGGGAGGCCCCAGGACUCUGCCCAUGGCGUAGGGGGGCGUGGAGCGGGGGAGUUCCCCCUCCCCGCGGCCCCCUUCCCCAGGGGCUGUGCUUCCAAGCUCCAGACCUCCCACCUUCAGCUCAGGACCCGAGUGACUUAGGCCGAACUGUGAACUGGGUGCUGCCCCAGCUUCGAGCCCUGUCCUGGGCGGCCACCUGGCCUCCAGCUGUUCUCAAUGCACUUUACUGAUGUAACAUAGACAAUAAACAGCUAUUUAUAUA